AUGGAUCAAAAUGCAUCGGGAUCCAUCAAGGCGCUGAGCGACGGCAAAGCAUCAAAGGAAGACAUUGUGAAACAGCUGGCCAAUGUCAGCAGCGGCGAUGGCAGCGUCUGGUCGCAACUGCUGAGCAACCCGUUCUUCACUGCAGGCUUUGGCCUAGCAGGACUGGGAGCUGCUCUGCGAUAUGGCUCGUUGGGUCUGAGGAGAGCCGCUGAGCUCGUGCGGCAUCGUAUGCUCGUUGAUCUCGAGAUCACGAGACAUGACGAAUCGUACAGUUGGGUGCUGAACUGGAUGACCCACCAGUAUCAGAAUCAGCUCAUGCCGCUGGCUCAACGAGAACGUGUUGGCAUAGUCGAAUCUCUGAUCCGGCGUCUUACGCCCGGUCUGCACCAUCUACAAAUCACGACACACGUCUCGCGUACAGCCAGUGGCUCCCAACAGACCGCAUUCGCUCUCGUCCCUGGCCAUGGUCGACACAUCCUCAGGUACAAGAAUGCUUUUCUGGCUGUCAAUCGCGAGCGUGUGGGCAAAAGCUUCGACGCGAAUGGCCAACCUUUCGAGACCGUGAAGUUCACCACGCUUUACUACUAUCGGCACAUUUUCGAGGACAUCUUUCAGGAAGCACACCAAAUGGCUGUGCAAAGCACAGAAGGCAAGACCAUCGUCUACACAAGUCGGAACGUCAGCUGGGAGAGAUCUGGCGAGCCGAAACGGCGAAGGCCUUUCGAAUCGGUUGUGCUCGAUAAGGGCGUCUCGGACAGGAUCCUAGCCGAUGUUCGAGAGUUUCUGGAUGCUCGUACAUGGUAUCUUGACCGUGGCAUUCCCUAUCGCAGAGGCUACCUUCUUUACGGUCCACCGGGAACCGGCAAGACAUCUUUCGUGCAGGCUCUGGCAGGUCAAUUGGAUUACAACAUUGCAAUGCUUAGCCUCAGUCAGCGUGGAUUGACAGAUGACUUGCUCAAUCACUUGCUCUUGAACGUACCUGCCCGUACAAUCGUACUUCUGGAAGAUGCCGACGCGGCAUUCAGCAAUAGACGCCAGCGAGACGAGGAAGGUUACAGUGGCGCAAACGUCACAUAUUCUGGCCUGCUCAAUGCCCUUGACGGAGUUGCGAGUGCCGAAGAACGAAUCAUCUUCAUGACCACGAACCACAUUGAUCGCCUGGACGACGCGCUUAUCAGACCUGGUCGAGUGGACAUGACGAUGCAGCUUGGCAAUGCAAGCCAGUGGCAGAUGGAACAGCUCUGGGACCGCUUUUAUUCGGAGCAGGAUCCCAGUGGAGAGGGCAAGAGACGCUUCGUACAAAAGGCGAUGGCGGCAGGCUUGGUGGACAAUGUCAGUACUGCUGCAUUGCAAGGCCUGUUUCUCUACAAUAAAGGAGACGUUGGAGGCGCUAUUGCUCUCAUCGACAAGCUUGCUGCACACAGGCCAGGAAGUCAGCCGAUACAGCAGCAGGCCUGA